ACGUGACGGGGCGCGACGCUCGCGGCAGCUGAGGCGGCCGCUUUCCCCCCCCCCCCGCCCCCGCCAUGGACCCGGCCGGGAAGGAGAAGGAGGCGCUGCAGCUCCUGGCCGAGGCCGACAGGAAGGUCCGCGGCUCCCAGUCCUUCUUCGCGGGGCUCUUCGGGGGCUCCUCCAGGAUAGAAGAAGCAUGCGAUAUCUAUGCCCGAGCAGCAAACAUGUUCAAAAUGGCCAAGAACUGGAGUGCUGCGGGGAAUGCCUUCUGCCAGGCAGCACAGCUCCACCUGCAGCUGCAGAGCAAGCACGACGCGGCCACCAACUUCGUGGAUGCUGGCAAUGCCUUCAAGAAAGCUGACCCGCAAGAGGCCAUUAACUGUCUGAUCAGAGCUAUUGAGAUCUACACAGACAUGGGUCGAUUCACCAUCGCUGCCAAGCAUCACAUAUCGAUAGCGGAGAUCUAUGAGACGGAGCUGGUGGAUAUAGACAAGGCGAUAGCCCAUUAUGAGCAAGCUGCUGAUUACUACAAAGGGGAAGAAUCCAACAGCUCUGCCAACAAAUGUUUACUGAAAGUGGCCACUUAUGCAGCCCAGCUGGAGCAGUACCAGAAAGCCAUUGAGAUCUACGAGCAGGUGGGCACUAAUGCGAUGGACAGUCCCCUGCUGAAGUACAGCGCUAAGGAGUAUUUCUUCAAGGCGGCCCUCUGCCACUUCUGCAUCGACAUGCUCAACGCAAAGCUGGCCAUACAGAAAUAUGAAGAGAUGUUCCCAGCCUUCUCGGACUCCAGGGAGUGCAAACUGGUUAAAAAGCUGCUGGAAGCUCAUGAAGAACAGAACAUUGACAGCUACACCGACUCUGUAAAGGAGUUUGAUUCCAUCUCACGGCUGGACCAGUGGCUCACCACCAUGCUCCUCCGUAUCAAGAAAACCAUCCAGGGUGAAGAGGAGGACCUGCGUUAAACCCCAUCCCCUCCUUCCCUGUCACUGUCACUACUUUCCUCUGCAGAAGUCUGCAUGGAUAUCUUUGGGGUGGGGAGGGUGGGGCCUGGAGGAGAAGGAUUCAGACUUCAGUGACGUAUUAUCCCUUGUCUCGUAACCCUUUUGCCCCACAACCCAAAGAGCAUAACUUUGUUUAGCAAAGACAGGGUGUGCGGCUGUAACCACCUGACUCAGCUGCUCUACAGAUGACGUACUGGCGUGACACUAGCUCCUUCCCCCAGGGCCAAACAGAUGACUUCCUGGUCCGUGGAGCUUCCCAACCUGCCUGUGGGCUCCUGCCCAGGUGCGAUGGUCUAACACCCUUCCCCAUCCCUCUUGUUCCCUCUUCAGAUAUUUAAUUGUAUAAAAAUUACUCUGUAAGAUUAAGAUCUUAAACCUGCUUUAGCCCUGAUGCACUUCACGCUGGUUUCAGAAGACAGCACAAAGUCAGUUUGCCUCCUAAUUCCUGCUGUUUAGAACAGAUCCUUUCUCACUGCCCCCUCUCCUGCCCCACACUGUUUGAUGGGAGCAGGUCUUGCCCAUCCCAGGCAGGGAUUUCAGACUCGGUACCAGCAGGCGUGGGGAUGGGAAGAACCUCUCCCUUAACUGCUUCCCCUCCCUAGCCUGUGAUCAGAUCCCCGUAGGGGUUCAGAAGCCUGAGUUUUGAGUAUAUCCAGCAGGCCCAGAGCCCUCCUUUAGGCUGGGAGAUUACAGGUGCAGUGACUUCCCCCGUGGCCUGAGCUGUGAGAACAGGUUCUGCUACUCUCCGGCCUCUCCUAGCCCCCAGGGAGCUGGGAAAUGUGGCAAGCACAAGCUGGCACUCCUAUCUCCUGCUUAUUUCAGUGAAGAACUGUACGACCCUUGUGUCUAACAUCUUGGCAGCAAAUACUUCCCAGGGCCCCCCAUCAAUCCCCAGGGCUCUGUAAGGAGCUGACAGGAAGCGUCACUUCGCUCUGUAUCACAACUAUCUCCUCCUUUCCCGUUUCUCUUUGUCAACUGCACAUGCUAGCUUGAGAAAUACACCCUGUUCCUUCCCCCCCACCCACAGGACUGUAAUGCUGCUUUACGGCCAGCUAUUAAGGGGCGUCAGACACUGUCAUUCACGUGCAGCCCAAAGAGGCGAGAGCUGGACUGGACAGUCAUUCCCACGCUGUGUGGGUAGCCAAAAAUAUUAGUUCUGUGCUUCUGGUAUAUUAGUAACCUUAGCAAACCCUUCUGUGGUGACUGUUUAGUUUAAUCCUGUCUCAGACUAGGCAGAAGACUCUACAGCAUGGGUGAAUUCUGUAUGCAGCAGGCCACUUGCUGUGGUGGGCGUGGCACCUGGUUGGAAGGGAAUGUUACUCCCAUUCAGUAUUGUGUGUGUACAGUCCGUAUUGCCAUAAAGGUUUUUAUUUCUGGGUCAUUCUCUUGGUUUUGAAACCUAGCCCAAGAGGGGUGGGGCCAGGGCAGCUCAGGGUUUACCCUGCAGUAAUCUCUACUUCUGUAUUGUUUGUCGAAAGAAACAGGAAGUCUUGCUGCAUGUUUUAAUGUCAACAGAAAGCGACUCUUGCUGAGUGUAGUGAAUAAUUGCACAAGAAAAAUAAAAACUUUGCAUGAGCAGAAGCAGAUUUUUCUAACAGUAACGCUGCACCUAAAUUCAUGCUGCUUCACUGAGUGCAUCUGUGGGCUUGCAUGUUGGAGGUCUCCCAUCCUCCCUGCCAACUUCCUCUCCCUCAUUGUAACUGACUUCUCCCAUUACCUUGCAAUCCUUUUAAAUUGUGAUUCUAUUCUGAAUGCUGGCUAUGAAGCUAACACAAAUACCCCACCUUCAGUUGCCAAAUCUGCCCUGUGUAUUCAGGUGUCUGCUCAGUUCAGUCCUGUUAGCCCUACAGAGCGCAGACUGACCUGGAAUCUACCCUAGCUCUCAACGUGUCAACUGAACUAACUAAA